CUCGUUGAUGAUAUGAGUAAUCUCCUUUAGAGUUUGACAAGUGCUAGAAGUUAGAACUUUAUUCAGGUAGUUGUAGUUCAGUAAUAUUAAGGUGUCAAGUUAGAUCGUUUAUCAGGAAAAUGGAGUAUAGAAAUACUGAGGUGCCAACAUGUUGUGAGAGUGGUGAAGUGGUAAACAAUGAGGGUGGGAUGGCGCAGCAAGCCCAGCCCCCUGUUCUUUCCCUUGCUCAGCCACAGUCGGAGGCCCUGGCUGGUGGCCAACCUGGCACUACUCAAGCUGCCUCCCCCCAGUUGCAGACACAGACCCCCACCACCCUCUCUAUUUCUACUGCUGACCCCGAGAAACGGAAAGUCCAUGCAGACAAGUGUCAAAGGCAGGAGAGCCAGGCAAACGGCGAGGCAUGGCAGGUUCAAGAGGAGGCAGCUAGGCAGCAAGUGCCCCAGUUGACUUCGGUCAACUAUGGCAAGGUAAACCCUUCUGUACCCCAAGUGAUGCCCCCACCACAGUUACAGCAACGGGGACCCCCACCUACACCUCUGCUCUCAAUGGAACAGUGGCAGCAGAACAGGUACCCAACACUUACUGUAACGAUUACUGUACCGAUGAGGCAAGCCCAGCCUGCAGCGAACCAAACCAUUCACAAGCAGGCCUUGCAGCAACUCCUGCAGAGACUUCGGUCCCCUAGUACACAGGAGCAGCAUCAAAAGAUCCUCCAAAUACUCAAGAGCAAUCCUCAGUUGAUGGCCGCAUUCAUAAAACAACGCCAGUCGUUCCAAGCUCAAGCUCAUCAGCAUGCAACAAGCGCAACAACAGACCGUGAAUGUGCCACAGGCACCAAUGCAGACAUUGCAACACAUGAUGAACCAACAACAGAACCCUCAGCAAAACAGGAUCCAUAUGCAGAUGAUUAACCAGCCCAAUCAGCCUCAGCAGACCCAGCAGAUGAAGCAGAACUGGUAUAAGCAUCAGAUGUUGGUGAUGCAGCAACAACAGCAGAGGCAGCAGCAGUAGUUGCCUUCAACUUUUCAACUUGUUAUUCAACUUUUAUAUAUUUUACCAAAAAGUAAAGACAUAAAGCAUUUCUCAUUUGGAAUGUUAACGAUUAGAUUUCUCAGUUUUAAACUUUUUCAUGUCAACUGUAAAUGUUUGUUGUUUUUGUUUUCAGUUUCUUUUUAAGGACACUGACCUAAGAACUGUUUCAGUGACUUAAACCGCCUAUUAUUUAUAUGAAUGUAUUGUUAUAAACUCUUUUAUCAUAGGAUUAUACUAAAAAACUUCUCCUUUUAUAUAAAUCAUCAUGAUGCAAUUAUUUUCAUUCUAUGAAAAAAAGGUGCCUUGUAAAUAAUACAUUGUAAGUUUAUACGUCGGACUUUGUAUAUAAUUAAGCAAGUAAUUGAUUCGUAUACAUUCAUAAAUGCAUUAAUAUAAAAUGUAUGUAUAUAUAAAAUGUAUUAUACUAUCCGACAGGAUAGGAUAGCCAUGUACAUUGGUUCAAGUUCCUCUCUAUACUUUAAAGAGAAAUUUCAUACAAAAGCUGUACUUUUGAGGAUUAUCUCUUACUAUUAAAUUUGUUAGAUAUAUUUAUUGUUGUUUUAUUUGUUGUUCCCUAAACAAUUUGGAAUUUAAUCUGAAUUUGAAUCAAUAUUUUUUACUGUUUAUGUUUUGUAGGUGAUAAAUGUAGGCUUGUAAAUAACUGGUUUCAUCGAAUCUGUCCAUACCUAUUGUGACUUCUUUGUUGUAGUUUUUUAUUUAUUACAAACCCUCUUUUGAUUUGUUAUUGAAGGAAAUAUAUAUGAACUGACAUAAGUCGUAUUUAUUUUCAUAAUUUAAAAAUUGAUAUAAUUUUCCUAAGAUUAUUUUUUACAAAAGUAUGAACUGACCAAGUCUGGAUUUAAAUUGUGUAAACAUAUGGUGUGCGCUCUUCAGAGAACAGUCUUCCUAAUCGUAAAGUCUUCUAUUCAAUUUUGGAAAAGUUGGAACUUCUUGUCUCUUGCUAAAUUUCAAGUUCCACUCAUCCUCAUGUCUGUGGGUUGGACUUCCCUUUGCGUAAUACAGUUAAGGCUCGUCUUUGCUUAUGUAUCCAAGGUGAGAAAAUUAUUGUUCUAGAGUAUUUUUUACUUUUUAUACAAUGUAUUCGUUUUAUAAUUUUGCUUAUUGUUGUUGAUACAAUUUAAUGUUUUUUAUUGGUGCAGUAGUCAAUCUGAAAUUAACCUCAUCUUGUUGGUUUUGAACAUCCAGAAUGUAACUGUUAUCACAUUUUGUCGCAUAAAAACAAGCAAAUGAAAACUUCUACUACUCAUAAUUUGACUGACAGUGACAUUGCAUGUGCAUGGCGAACCCAUCCAAACAAUUGUGAAUUUGUAUCAUCAAUGGCAAUUAUAUGUGCUUACAUAUUUUGUUACCAAGUUGACAUAUCUCAUUAUGGAAUCAGGAGAAAUGUCUCACUGAUACAUGAAUGACAAGGCUUUUGCAAGUUUUCUGAGUACAUUUUACAAUUACCAGUACAAUUACUAUUAUAAAAUAUACAAAAGGAUAAAGAAAGAACUUUGUUUUAACGUGGAAAUUCAAGUCACAAACUUGAGUUUCUAAUUAAAUACUGUAUACAUCACUUAAUUGGGCACAAAUAUUAUAAUAAUUGUAUUAAUUCUUUGUUGGAUAGAUUAUUUGCUUGGAGACAUAUUGUAAAGAUUUUUGCCUUCUGUUUAGUAUACAAAUGCAAUUUUCACACAAUCUAUGAUCUCAUAUUGAAUAGAUGUCAGGGUGGCUGUAAUUGGGGGUUUAGGUGAACAUCAGGGGUUGGCAGAAAAUAAUGAUCAGAGAAUUAAUCCAUUUUCUGAUUAACAAUAGAAUAUCACUCAAACCCUAGGCAGUACGCAUGAUUGUAUUAGUUGAAUUGACCUUAAAAUAUAUUAAUUACAGUAGUUAGCAUGUACUGAAGAAGGAGGUACCGUAUCAGAUAUUACAUUGCCAAAAAGUUGAUGUGGUUUUUCAUUCUAGGUUAAAUAUUAAACUUUUGGUACUAAUUUAAUUAACUUGGAAAACCCAAAGUUAUUUAUUAGAUUUCCUAAAUUUAUACAUUAAAAACGGGAAUAAAUAUUUUAUUCAGUUUAAUUGAAAUAGCUCCAUUCUUUGCACUGUUUAAUGUUACACUUUUACUGAUUAGAUCUAGAGUUCACUGUUUUUCUUGUAAAGCAAGCACCUAAUAUUGGUCCUGAUCUGUCCUUCAAUGCCAAGGGGAAGUGAAUUGAAAAGAGAAUAUACAUUUUAAUCAACUUUCAUGCGUUGUACUGAUUAGUUAGCCAGUAUUAUUGUGUGGGGAGAAAAUAUAUUUUUUUUAACAUCAGAUACAGCAGUAACUUUACUAAUUGUUAAUUUGUGAUUUUUAAAACACUAUUUUCAUUUGUUAGGUACUGUAUUCAAACAAACCAUGAUUAUUACGGUCUUUGAUUAAUUUUUUAUCCUAUUACUCCUUUGUAAUGUAUUUGUAAUAUUAGUGUUCCUUUUACGUUAAAAAUUAUAUGGAUGAACACCAUUAGGUUUAUUUAUUGUAAAUGAUGUAAACAAAAUUGAAUCAAAUGUGUAGUAGAGGGUGACAACGACAGCCAUUGUAAAUAAAUGUUUUCCUAUAUGAUACAUUGUUGAUUGACCCACACAUCCAGCCGGUUAGUCUUACACGUUUACCGAUUGACAAGUGAAUAAGGUUGUAAAGGCGAUUAUGAGUUAAUUUUGUUAAUAAUAUAUUUUAGUAAAUUAAUGAUUGUUUAUGUUUUCUGUGGAUAAAUCGGAAACUUAGUUUGUAAUCAUAAAUCAAAUUACCUCAGUAUCUAGGAUCGGAAGAUACUUUAUUCCUUGGUGUAUAAAAGAUGCUGCAUCGUACUUAAGCCCAGUGAUAAUCUGAGAACUUCUCAUUUAUCGUAAUAGAUGUGAUGGUAAUAAUUCACAUACUACGCCAAUAGACACUUAUCUGAAAUGUUUCCUUUUUAAAUGUCUGUAAACAUCGAAAGUUAUAUUUUUACAAUUUGCUCAUUAAUGUUUAUUCAGGAGUUGAGCAUUUAAGCAGAAUAACUCAGGACCUGUCUACUGUUCUUGAAAUUUAUUUUAGAUUUUCAGGAGGUUAAAACUCUAAUUUACUAAUCCUUUAUUGUAUCAGAUGAUAAAUUCAGUAAACUUAGCAUGAUGUAUAGCCACCAGUUCUUCAAUUGAAAGCGGCUAUCUGAUUAAAAAAAUAUAAAUAAUUCUCUUAUAAACUAAAAUGUCCACAACUAAUUGGACAUCAACUGUGCAAGUUGAAAUCUGUAUUUAUCAUAAUUGGUUGUACUUAGAAAGUCCUCACAUUUAACUGGGCAUAUCCAUCCCCAAUGACUGCCUCUGCAAGGAUCUAUCUGUUAGAUGUUGUAGAUUUAAAUGGUUCACUCCUAUAGAUAUUUUGAUGUUACUAAGAAAUAGUCCUACCAAGGCAUUAAACUUUUGGUUUGCCCAUAAUAGUCUUCAUCAGAUCGGCUUGAAAGCCGAUUUAUCUUAACUAAAAAUUUGUCAUUUUCUCCACUAGUUUACACUGGUUAUACACAGGGUGAAUAGCUAAUGACAGUUUCUUAAAGAAAUCCAAUACAAAUUAUGAAAUUUACUGUAUUUUUUUUUUUAUUAAACCAUAGAGAUGAUUUUGGAUUUGUUGUAUGGAAAUAUCGUAAAGGAUUGGAACUCUAGGUUAUCUUAAACUCAUUUGUCUUUUGGAGCUGAAAAUGUUAAAAUUAUGUCAUGAUUUUGAAAGUAGUCAUUUUUUUCUGAAGAAUAAACUGCUGAGUACUAAUUGAAGUGUAAUUGAUAAGACAAAAAUAUUCAAUGUUAUAGUGGAGAAUAAAAUUAACUGUUAUAAUUGAAUUCUAAGAGUACAAGAAAAGGAUAAUCGUGAAUAAAUAAUAAAUACAGAAUCAGAGCUUUAAGGCUGCAGCAUUAAUAGGUUAUAUUGCAUUCUGUUUUGAAUGUUAAAACCUCUUUCCAUGUGGAUACUCGCUGAAAAUAUGGGUUUAUUUCCAUAAAUAUAAUACACAUCAAAAUUUGCAUGCUAUUGUUACAAUUUUGCUAGAGAUUUGUAGGAUUUGAUGUUUGCUUUAAAUUGUAUCUUAACUUUUUAAACUAUGAAUGGACGAAAACACCUGAGUUUUAAAUGUCUGAAUGUUUAUAUAGUUCAAAAUUGGUUUUACAGGAACAUUGAAGGGUCAACCGUCUCAUAGUUACUAAUACAUAGGCAUGUAUGUAUACAUCAUUUCAAGAAAUUCUCUUAUAUUUAGUUAAUUAAAAUUAUUUUUGUUAUUUUGCCAUCAACAUUUAUUUACAAACUAUCUUAGAAAUUCCUAUGAAUGAUCUUGAUCUAAGUUUUAUUAAUUUUUGUAAUCAUAGGUGUGAAUAAUUAUGUAACAUAAAUGUGCAUGGUGGGUACGAUCUUGACAUUUGAAACAAGCUUUGGUAUAUUAAUUUGCAUUUUAAUCAUUGACUACUCCAAUGUCCAUUACUCUUUAUUUGUUUAAGGUUACAUCCUUAUUUGCCAAAAAUGAACCAAAUUCUAAGUUAAGUAAGUCAUUAGGUAAUUAAGGUCCAAUUAGGCAAUCCUAUCCGUACUGGGAAAUACAUUUCGCAUUGUAAAUAUUGUGUUUAACUAUGUAAGCGCUCAAUGUAUAGUGUACAUUAUCGUGACAUGACGUGACUUGUAAAUAGCAUAUUUCUGUAACUACCCUGUGGUUGUUUCACACAGAAAAGAUAAGAAUGUAGCUUUUCGUUUAUUAUUUUUGUUAUAUGAGUGUUGCCAGAGAAUGGAACUUUGCAAGCCGACUGUACAUAGUUGAGUGCUCCUCUCUUGUCUCACUAGUUGUUAGACAUUUGAUGAAUUUUUAAAAAAAAUAAAUAUUUAAGUAAUUACAAGUUAA